UGGCCUCCGGGAUUGAGGGGGCAGGGCCUCUGAGCUAUACCUAGAGCUGGCUUCAGCCCCAGGUCCAGUUCCAGUCACCCAGGAUACCGGGAAGGAUGUGGCGGCGGGUCCUGGCCCUACUGGUGCUUCCACUGGUUUCUCCGCGCACUUCAGUCCAGAGGUCACCUCUCAAUGACUUCCAGUUACUGAAAGCCACGGAGCUGAGGUUCCUGUCCCAGCAGGCCCCAGAACCGUGGCAAGAGAACACGGUUAGUUUGGAGGAAUGCGCCCGGAGAUGCGUUCGGGCCCGGACGUGCAGAGCUUUUCAUUACAACUUGGUGAGCGAGACCUGCCAACUGCUCUCCCAGACCCAGAAUUCAGCCCACACCCUGCUACAGAGGAACAUACACUAUGACCUUUUCCAGAAGAAAGAUUACGUGCGGGAAUGCAUCGUGGAGAGGGGGGCCACGUACCGCGGCACAGUGGCCACCACCAUCGAGGGCCAUCCCUGCCAGCCCUGGAAAGAGAAGUACCCCUUCGAUCACAAGACUCAGACCCCCGGAUACACCCUCACCGCGUGUAGGACGAGGUCUUGGCCCGAGCUCCCCACUGCCACGCCGGCAGCGCCCUCCCAGCGGCCCGCUCACCCCCACCCAGUCUGUGGGACUCGCGGAACUCCAGCAUCCUUGGCUGGAAAAACCCUCCAAUAUCCUGGCUCCAACCCUUCGAUACCCAAACCCUUCGAUAUCCUGGCUCCAGGCGGGAUGGUGGCUAGUCCCGCCCAGAAGGACGCUACCUGCCUGUCCUGUAACGGGGAGGAUUAUCGGGGCUCCGUGGACCGGACCGAAUCGGGAAGGGAGUGCCAGCGUUGGGACCUGCAGCGGCCCCACAAGCAUCCCUACGAUCCCAACACGUAUCCUGACAAGAACCUGGACGACAAUUACUGCCGCAACCCGGACGGCUCGGAGCGGCCGUGGUGUUACACCACUGACCGUGAACACCCGAGGGAAUUCUGUCACAUCCCCCGCUGCCGGUCCCUGCCCGACUACCGCUCCCCAGCCGCGGCCAGAGAGAAAGGAGCAAGGAGAUGGCAACCCCCCGAGGACACGACCCUCACCUGCUUCCGGGGCAAAGGAGAGGGGUACCGGGGGACGGCGAACACCACCGUGUCAGGAAUCCCCUGCCAGCGCUGGGACGCUCAAACCCCCCACCGACACCACUUCCUGCCGGAGAAAUACCAGUGCAAGGACCUGCGGGAGAAUUACUGUCGCAACCCGGAUGGUUCCGAGGGGCCGUGGUGUUUCACCUCUCGCUCCAGCCUGCACAUGGGCUUCUGCUUCCAGAUCAAACGCUGCCCGGAUGACGUGAAGGUGGAAGACUGUUACCCUGGCAACGGAGCACAGUACCGGGGUAGGGUCAACAAGACCCGGAAGGGCAUCAUCUGUCAGCGCUGGGCGGAUAAGACCCCGCAUCAGCCUCAGUUCUCCCCCACGACGGCUCCUCACGCCCACCUGGAGGGGAAUUUCUGCCGGAACCCAGAUGACGACAGCCACGGGCCCUGGUGCUACACCACAGAUCCCAACACCCCCUUUGAUUACUGCGCCCUCAAACCCUGCGACAGCAAUAGGAAGCCGUCCAUCCUGGAGACUCCAGAUCAGGUUCUCUUUGAGAAGUGUGGCAAGAGGGAUGAUCGUCGGCAGGAGAAGCUGCGGGUCAUCGGGGGGCAGCCUGGGAACUCACCGUGGACGGUCAGCCUGCGGAACCGGCAGGGGCAGCACUUCUGUGGCGGGACCCUGGUGAGCGAGCAGUGGGUGAUCUCUGCUCGCCAGUGCUUCUCUUCCUGUGAGGCCACCGUCAGAGGCUACGAGGCCUGGCUGGGGACUCUGUUCAAGAACCCGGGCCCCAACGACCCCGACCUGCAGGUGAUCCCCGUGGUGCAUCUGGUGUGUGGCCCUUCCAACUCCCAACUUGUCAUGCUGAAGCUGGAGAGACCCGUGACCCCGAGUCCACGAGUGGCCGUGAUCUGCUUGCCCCCGGAGAAGUAUGUGGUGCCCAAAGGCACCAAAUGUGAAAUCGCAGGAUGGGGAGAAACCCAAGGCACUGGCAACCCCAACGUCCUCAACGUGGCUACGCUGCACGUGAUGAGCAACCGGGACUGCAACGUCAAGCACCGGGGCCGCGUUCAGGAGACCGAGAUGUGCACGGAGGGCUUGCUCGCUCCCGCCGGGGCAUGUGAGGGCGACUACGGGGGUCCCUUGGCCUGCUUCACCCACGACUGCUGGGUCCUGGAAGGCAUCAUCAUUCCCAACCGCGUCUGUGCCCGCCCCGGUUGGCCUGCCAUCUUCACGCGCGUGUCCGUCUACGUCGACUGGAUCAAAAAAGUCAUGAAGCUCACCUGAGGGGCCCGGAACGCCCCGGGCCAAGGCCUCACUUCUUCUCCUCGCCCUUCCUCUUUGUUUCCCCCCGCCCCCCCGCAGAAGACCAUGGCGUGAAGCUCGUGGGCGGGGAGCGCGUCUGUUAUAGUGUACUUUCCCAAGCGCUGAGCACAGUGCUCCGCACGCAGGAAGUGCUCAAUAAAUACAAUCGA